CGGGUUCCUGAGCAUGUGACGUGAGAAGAGCGCAUUUCAGAACGACCAGGCAGCGUGCCGCCAGUAGCCUCGCCGUCGGCAUGUGUUGUCUGUUGUCACGGUUGUCGUUUGUUCAUUGCAGUCGGCUCGUCCCCAUUGAUCCGCAAACCAGCCAAGUAGUAACUACUAAUAGGGGAUCCAUGCCUCGGCCUUCUACUACGUACUAGUAGUGAUGCGAUGAGCGGCUCAUUCGGCGACCUGAAGAGAUCCUGAAAGAGCUCCCGGAACGGCAUAGGACUCUGCGCCACUUGCGCCUGACACGACCGAUCGAUCCAUCAUCGCAUCUGCCCCCCAUGCCCACUGCCGAACCAAUUCUCCGGGGCUCCGCCCUCGUCACCGGAGCCGCGUCCGGCAUCGGAUACGCCACGGCACUCGCCUUCGCCCAGCACGGCAUCACGCAGCUGGCGCUGGCCGACAUCAACCUCGACGCCCUCAACGCCUCUAUCCAGACCCUUCGCGAGAGUCACCCGCACGUCGAGGUGCUGCCGCUGCACCUCGACGUCGGCAAUGUCGACGAGGUCAAGGCCGGUGUUGCCCAGGCCGUCGCCCGCUUUGGCCGCCUCGACGUCGCCGUCAACAACGCUGGCGUUGCCGGCCGGGGUUUGCGCACGCACGAGAUCGACGAGAACGAGUGGCAGCGCGUCAUCGGCAUCAACCUCAAUGGCGUGUAUCGCUGCCAGAAGGAGGAGCUGGCCGCCAUGAUCGGUCAAGAAGACUUGGGCCAUCGCCGCGGUCGUGGUGUCAUCGUCAACGUAGCGUCCAUGUAUGGCGUCGUCGGGCCCAGGAGCCCGCUCUACCAGAGCGCCUACACGACGACAAAGCACGGUGCGGCAACCCUUAUCAUGCGUGUGCCUCCUCGCCGGUAGCUGACGGACAGCGCUCCCCCUGAGCAGGCGUUCUCGGCCUCACAAAGGCGGAUGCCAACGCCUAUGCCCCAGACAAGAUCCGCAUCAACGCCAUUUGCCCGGGCUACGUCGCCACGCCGCUCACCUCGGCCCACAUGGACGCCCAUCCCGAAAGUCCCCUGCACGAUCACGUCGCGCAGACACCCAUGAAGCGCAUGGCAACCCCGGAGGAGGUCGCCGAUAGCAUCGUCUUCCUGGCCUCGCCCAUGAGCAGCUUCAUGCACGGUGCGGCCCUCGUCGUCGACGGGGGCUUCACAAGCAACUAGCAGACGCUUGGAAGUUGCCAUGGAUGGCGAACUGGGGUUUCGGGCUGCAUGGGCUGCCCAUUGUCGCCAUGCUCAUCUUGUCUCCCAGUAUGUGUCUGUCUGUAGCGGACGGCAAUUAGCAAGCCAUGAUCAAUGAACUGCGUUUAGCCAGC